GAUUAUUUUUCAAUAGAAAAGGAAGAAUAAAAAUAAAUUAUUAGCGGUGCUGUUGCUAUCUGAAACUGAGCACGGCACAGAUUAAUUAGUUCCAAAUUGCUUGCCAAUAACCUCUACCAAGUAACCACAAGAUUUUUAUUUGGUACCCCCCCCCCCCCCCCCCCCCCCCCCCGUCAAUGGCUCGUCUCUCUUCAAACCCCAUCGGUUUCCAUAGAUUCCGACCAUGCUUUCAAAUUCCUCAACCCCCUCACUUCAUUGCAAUUCCUCGCCACAGUCACAUCAAUACCCGCAAAUUCCAGACCUUAGCUUGCCAAACAAACCCAAACCUCGACCAAAAGGACUCCUCCUCAACAACGUCUCAGGAAGAAAGAUUAGCGGUUGAGCCCAGCAUGGUAACCAGUUCAACUUCGGACACUCCGUCUCUUCCUCAAUUGCCAACCAAAGAUAUCAACAACAAAAUCGCACUUGUUUCUACCUUAGCAGCUCUGGGACUUUUCUUAUCCUCAAGGUUGGAUUUCGGUGUCUCUCUCAAGGAUCUCUCUGCCAUGGCAUUGCCUUACGAAGAGGCUCUCUCGAAUGGAAAGCCCACUGUGGUGGAAUUUUAUGCAGAUUGGUGUGAAGUGUGUCGUGAAUUAGCUCCUGAUGUCUACAAAGUGGAGCAGCAAUACAAGGAUCGAGUGAAUUUUGUAAUGUUGAAUGUUGAUAACACGAAGUGGGAGCAAGAGCUUGACGAGUUUGGCGUGGAGGGUAUUCCACACUUUGCAUUCCUUGACAAAGAAGGGAAUGAGGAGGGCAAUGUAGUGGGUAGGCUUCCGAGACAGUUCCUGCUUGAAAAUGUGGAUGCCCUUGCUCGCGGAGAAGCAUCUGUUCCUCAUGCUCGUGUUGUAGGCCAAUAUUCAAGUGCUGAAGCAAGGAAGGUGCAUCAAGUUGUUGAUCCAAGAAGUCAUGACAGCAAAAAUAGGGCAGGGCACAAGCAUUUCUGUCGUAAUUCCUGUCAUAGGUUUACUGACAACAACAAUGACACUGAAGCAGCGUUUAAGGCAAAGACAUGUACGCAUCAUGUUUUCACGUGGCGUCAAGUUCUGCCUGUACUUAGGCAUAACUUGGACUACUCAGACGCCAAAAGCCCAUUAAAUUUUGCGCAUUUCCAUCUUUAGCUGCCAU